AUGGAGGGAGUUGAGGGGCUGAUGAAGAAGUUGCAGCUUUCGUCGGAGGAGAGGAGGAGCAUCAAGUUCGGAGUGAAGACGGAGGGUGGAGGGAGCAAUCGUCCUCCCCAAGCGGCGUCGGGGUUGAGGAAGGUGCUAGACGAUGGUCCAUGGAUGAUUUCGAAGGAACUCCUGGCGGUGACGGAGUUUGAUGAGUCCAAAUCCUUGGACGAGGUCGAUUUUUCCUUCAUCCCGAUCUGGAUGCGGGUGGAGCGCCUCCCGAUGGGUCUCAUGAAUCGCGUGGCGGCUAAGGUGAUUGGAGAUGAUGUGGGGGAGUUCAUGGAGGUGGAGGCAGACAGAGGUGUUGUGGCGGCGGGCAGAAGUCUCCGUCUCAAGAUCCGGCUCGAUAUUCAAAAACCUCUUCGAUGUGGAAUUUUGGCGGAUCUGGGUGCGGACAAAGGAGAACGGUGGUGCCCGAUCACAUAUGAGCACCUGCCUGAUUUCUGCUACAUCUGUGGGAGGAUUGGGCACGUCGAUCGCCCUUGCUCUAAGAAGCUGGGGAAGGAUGAGCCUGUUCCAUUUAGCGGGGAGCUGCGUUUUGUACCACCUCGUAGGUCGUUCAGCGGGAAGGAUGAGGGGAAGGGGAGUGUGAAGGAGGUCAAAGAGAAGAAGGACAGAGAGGAGACUGAGGGGAUUCCCUGGACGGUGCAUGGCAGCGGGCACAGUAAGCUGAACGUGAACAGUACCAUGCAGCACGUGCAAGACAUUCCAGCUAACAUGGAGAAGGGAGAAGAGAAAGAUAAAGCUGCAUGCAAAUUCAGGAGGACGAAGAGGGAUGAGAAGGAAACGGUGGGGGUGAGGAGCUCGGAGAAGUCUGUGAAGAAGAAGAGAGGUGGUGAGGAGUUGACGGACAUGGACCUUGAUGAGCAGGCUUAUGCAAAGAAGGCUAAGCAGGGAAGUUCGGAGGAAAAGGAGAAGGAGGAGGACCCCGAUGUCCUAUUCUCGUCCGAGACAAAAAUGGAUGAGAGUAGGAUUAAUGGUUUGAGGUGGAAGCUGGGCUUGACGAACAUGAUUGUGAAGAAUUGUUCGGGGCGCAGCGGUGGUCUUGCGAUUUUCUGGCGGAAUGGGAUCAAUUUACAUGUGCAAGCGCGGAGGAGGCCAUGGUUGUGUUUGGGCGAUUUCAAUGAAAUUUUAUUGGGGUGUGAGAAGGAAGGAGGGCCAGCACGCAAGCAGGGCUGUAUGGAUAAUUUUCGAGAAGCCUUGGAGGAUUGUGACUUGUCGGAUUUGGGUUUUGAGGGAGAUCCCUUCACAUGGCGCAACAAUAGUCAUACUAGCAAUCACUACAUCAGGGAUCGUCUGGAUCGGGCUGUGGCUAAUGAUGAGUGGAUGGCAAGAUUUCCCUUGCACUGGGUGAUCAAUGGAAAGCCACGCCAUUCUGAUCAUCGUCCGGUCAUAGUGGACACCAUCCCGUCUCGAUGCGAUGGCGGUAGAAGGGGCCCGCAACCUUUUCGUUUUGAGGCGAGCUGGGUGGAAGAAGAACAGUAUGCAACCAUUGUGGAGAAUGCCUGGAAAACAUCCAUGGAGGUGCUAGGAGAUAACGUGGGUGGUGCCAUUCAAAAUGUCGCACGGGAGCUAGGUGACUGGGGGAGGAAUGUCCUCGGCAACUUGGAGAAGAGUAUAAAAAAUACAAGAAAAAAGCUGGAAGAAUGUAGGAGAAGAGUGGUGAGUAGUGACUUCGCUCAGUUGAUUCCCCGUAGAAUUAAAUUGCAAGCGAUCGUAGAGGACUGA